AUGGAACAAUCCGGCGAAAAGAAGAAAAAGAGGUGGAGCAAGAAGCAGCUACGCGCCAGCCAGGGUAUCUUGACCCAGCAAGCCAAGACGAACAUCUACGCCUCUCAGGCGGGAACCACGGGGUUUGGAGCAGUGCGUCACGGGGCUGACAUCCGGGCAGACCAGGUCAACAAAGAUGGGGAGGGAGUGCUCACUCAGCAAGCCGCCACGCACAUUUACGCCUCUCAGAAAGGCAUGACCGGGUAUGGGUCUGUUCGACAUGGUGCCGAUAUCCGCGCCGAUAACUGCGUACCGGAAGGCCAUGGGAUUUUGACGCAACAAGCGGAAACAAAUAUCUACGCGUCUCAGAAGGGAAUGCGCGGCUACGGGGCAGUGCGCCACGGCGCCGACAUACGAAUUAAGGAAUUGUACGAAGAAGGGGAUGACGAUGAAUACGCUACGGAUGAGGAAGAGGUAAAAGCCCCUAUCGGCGGCAGGAGAUUCCCGCGUACCGAUAACCAGGCGCCUUCCGAGCCGGAACCUGUCAAACAAAAACCAGCGCCCGAACCGGAACAAAACGGUGAACAGGAAGAAGAUGCGCACGUUGACGAGGACGAAUAG